AUGGACUUGAGCAGCCCGCAGGAGACCUUGCGUCCUCGCUAUAACGCGGUAGCGUGGUCGGUGUUGCUGGUGCGGCGUCCAAGAACGCUGUUGGCGACGGCUGGUCAAGCUGCGCUGCGCCCAGCGCUGAUGGUUCGUGGAUUCAACGUCAGGGUCGGGAUCGUGUUGCAUCAGCUACCUGAUGCACCGAUCCGUGCUAGAAAUUACCUAUACUGUCUUUCUGAGAAACAACCGGACUCUAAAAAGCCGACGGACCGGAGCCGGCGGGACGCUUCGCAACCAGUGCCCAGAGACCAGUCCGUUGAGCAACGCCUCGCACGAGAAGCCACUCAGCACGGGCACGGAUCAGAGGAGGAAGCGCCUGUCUUUGAUGAGACUGCCGCACGGGCUGCUGAGAUUCUGGAACUUUUGGAAGGUCUGCGCGCAUUCCGGCAACGAAUUAUUGAUGAUGCGCAAGCCAUGGCGAAGCAGAUCAGAACCCCGAAGGAGCAAGUUGAUGCGAGUUUAGCGAAACAUCCCGAUAUCGCUAAGAUUGAUGCGAGCAUCCGCCGACUGGAAGCGGAGCUGAAGGCGAUCAGCGAUAACGUGUGA